CUUUAUUACAGUCUUUUUUAAAGUAAAUAGAUACUAUUAUAAACUCUAUCUAUCAUUAAUGUAUCUAAGUUCAUUUGCGGGAGACAAAAUAUGCAUCGAGGCAAACAAACUUUGGAAAAAACCUCAAGAAAAAAAGAUAACGAACAUAAACCAACGAGAAGCUCAACACAUGCUUCCGAAGAGCAACGGCCGUGAUAUGACAAAGGGGAUAGACAAAGAAACUAUAUCGGAUAUAUGUAAAGAACGGUGUUUUAGCCACGAUCCAGAUGCCAAAAUAUCCAAAAAUAUUAACAAACAUGAUAGAACUUUACAAACAAUAAAAGUCGAACUUGUUCCAAUCGAAAUGUUCCAUAAAAUGUGUAUUACGAAAUCAAGUGAAUCCUGUCCAUCUGCCACAAGUAGUUUUGCAAAUGAACGGAAUUGUGGAAAGAGAAAAAGUUGUAGCGAGAAAGGAAAAUCAAACCCGAAGAGAAUGGAAUCGACAGGACAAUGGGUGAAAAGCCAAACUGAUUUUAAUAAUAAUAAUAAUAGACAUAUUGAUAAAUAUAUUUGGAGGCUGCCAAAGGAGAGAACCAGUGACGCCCAAGACAACCAACCUCCAAAAAUAAUAAAAGAACUAUGUAAAAAAAACUUUCCCUCUGAUUCUCAGGGCACUUACCUACACACACAUAACAGAGUUGAUGUGGUUCAUAGGUCAUUGCCAACACGUAACGAAAUGCUAUAUAAACAGCCUCGCAAGUAUUACGCUGAAAGAACAAGAUAUAUAUCUUCCUUACAACCCCGUGAAAUAAAUAGGUUUCGAGUCUUGGACAGACAACCCAUUCACAAUAAAUAUCCACUUAACACUGUCGCUCAAUGCAGAGUACACAUUAAUUCAAAAGCAAAAUUAUUGAACGAAUGUCGUAAGGAUUAUAUUCAACAACCAAUGAAUCGAAGGAUAUACGAAAUCUCAAAUGGACAUCAACGACGAGCUAUAAAAGCAAGAUCAGCUUCUCCGGUAAGACUGAAGCGAUCAAAUACAUCAACAAAGUCUUUGUUCGAUCCUUGGGUAACUCUUGGAAUUUGUUUUUGUUUGGACAACGAUUCUGAUGAUUCCGAUAGCGAGGACGAAGAAACGGAAAAUGCGCAAACGUCAAGAGCGAAGGGAACACAAAAGGCUCGAGACACUUCAAGCGAUGACGACGGUGGCAGCGACACAGACCUAGACGACGAUAUAUCAGAGACAGACAGCAAACUCGGCGACAGUGUCGCUUCAACGCCGAGUGCUCAAAACGGCAGUGAUGGCGGAGAUGAUUCGGAUUCGGGUUCGGAAGAAUUUGACGGAGAAAGCUUUGCUAGUUCGGCCUACGAAGAGGAGGUGAUGGAAAUAGAAGACACAAUGCAAGGAAUUGGAGGAUUCUAUGACGAUGACAACGAUGAUGAUGGAGGAGAUCGUGGAAUCGGGGAUGAACUGGGAAAUGAGAGUCAUGGAGAUUCUGAGGAUUUUUAUUACGAAGAUUCCGAUGAAACGACAGCUCUUUAUUACGGUUUAGACGAUGUGGAUACGAUUGCUGAAGAAGACCAGUUCGAUUUAUAUGAAAUAUAUAACUACUUUUAAACAUUUCUAAUCGAAUGUAAAAUGAAUUGAUGUCAUGUUGUAAUAAAUCUUAAUUUUGUAA